ACUUCAGCAGUUUACGGUAGGGUCUCUUCCUUUUUACAGUCUCUGGUCUCUUCUCGUCGCUGACCGCGGUCCUGAUGUAUAAAGGCUUUACCCGCCUUGUCCACCGGGGGGAGUUUGUUGAAAUCGCACGUUGUCGCUGUGUUGCUGAGGAAGAGUACUAAAGGGAGCCAGUGUUUGCGUUAGCCUAUCUACAGCGAUGGGCGGUCUCUGAUUACAUCGCUCGAAGAUACACAGAUGAAGGUGAUGAGCGGUAUGGUUUAACGGAUGCGGAAGUUAACCUGCAUUUGAUGGAUUUUUGAUGUAACAGUCUUCGAGACAUUGCCCGUUACUCAGAGGACAUUGGAAAGAACACUGGCGGGGGGUGACACGUAUAAUCAGAGCUCUUUGUCCGCAGCAGCCUGAAUUACUGCGGGCGAGGGACGGAAUACAAUAAAGCUGUUUAUGUGAAUCCGCUCAGCCGGAAAACGUCGUACGACUGUGUAAUAUUUUCGGACGGACUAUUUCAUUUCCUGUUCUGAGGCUCUGGGGUAGAAACAUUUCGUAGGCUACCGGGUUCUUUGUUAAAUGUGUCAUUUUAGGUGGCACUCUAGAGGUCGUGCGCAAAUGCAAGAAAGAACUCUUGCUGUGUCUCCUAACGUUUCGAUUCCGAAAAAAUAAUCAGAUCAACCGAAGCGGUCUCCCGGGAUGCACACGAGGUAUGUUUAUUCCUCUGGUUUAUUUUCUGAGUUGACAAAAGCGUGAUGACGAAACGGGGAGCAAACCGGUGCCGCUGUUAAUCUGAUCCAUCUCCGAACAUUUUAUAACAACUCACCGGCGAGAGACGUUAAGGAGACGGCACAAUCCACCCACCGUGUUCUGAGGGUUGGGGUUUGAUUUAAUCGGCAGUAUAGUGUAGGCCUACAUAGCAGCACACUGUGUACAAACAUAUUCCUGCGGCACACGGCUCCGUCCCCCCGGGAGUUCGGAGCCACAGGACAGUGACGAAUUACACGGUCAGGCACAGCAAGGCCUCCCGUUAUAGCUGGGCUAUCUUACGGUAGAUGCUAUUAUCACUUCUCGUUUAUCUGAGUGAGCUCUGCAGAAAUCUCUCCAUGUUCAGUACCGACAGACUUACUGUCCCGGAAUAUGUCAGCCGCCUCCAGAACCGGAGGAGCGGCUCCGACCCUCGAGCGGUCUCGCCGGGCGUUAGCGCCGACGUCCAAGCGGCUCUGGAGACUCCCUUGCCGGCUCUCCGCUCGGCCAUUAAAACCCUGAAAUCCGCGAAAGACACUUCAGAUUUCGAUGAGACGCGGCGGGCCAUCGCGGAGAUCUUCCAGCUGGUGGAGGAGGCCUGGAUUUUGCCCGCGCUGGGACGACAGGUUGCCGAAGAGAUCUGCAACAGGAUCCGGCUGGACGGAGGGCUGGAGCUGCUGCUGCAGCUGCUGCAGACGCCGGCUGUGGAAAUCACAUACGAGUCCGCCAAGCUGCUGGAGCAGAUACUGGUGUCGGACAACAGGGACUACGUGGCCCGCAUGGGCCUGGGGGUGAUCCUGAACCUGACGCGGGCGCAGGACGACGCCCAGCUGGCGCGCAGCGUGUCGGGCAUCCUGGAGCACAUGUUCAAGCACACGGAGGAGACGUCGGCGCAGCUGAUCGGCAACGGCGCCCUGGACGCGCUGCUGUUCUGGUGCCGCGGCACGGACCCCACCGUGCUGCGGCACUGCGCCGUGGCGCUGGCCAACUGCGCCAUGCACGGCGGGCACCGCUGCCAGCGGCUGAUGGCGGAGAAGCGGGCGGCCGAGUGGCUCUUCCCGCUGGCCUUCUCCAAGGAGGACGAGCUGAUCCGCUUCCACGCCUGCCUGGCGGUGGCGGUGCUGGCCGCCAACCGGGAGCUGGAGCGCGAGGUGGUGCGCUCGGGCACGCUGGAGCUGGUGGAGCCCUUCAUCGCGUCGCUGGACCCGGACGAGUUCGCCCGGAGCCUGCUGGACCGCGCCGACAGCAUGCAGGGCCGCACCGCCGCCGACCUGCAGCAGCUGCUCCCCCUGCUGGACGGGGCGCGCGUGGAGGGCAAGUGCAUCGCCGCCUUCUACCUGUGCGUGGAGGCCAGCAUCAAGUCCCGGCAGCGCAACACCAGGAUAUUCCAGGAGAUCGGUGCGGUGCAGAGUCUGAAACGCAUCGUCAUGUACUCCAGUAACGGCACCACCUGUGCCCUGGCCAAGCGGGCGCUAAGCAUGAUGGGAGAAGAAGUCCCGCGCCGCAUCCUGCCCUCUGUGCCCAACUGGAAGCCCGGAGAGGUGCAGACCUGGCUGCAGCAGAUUGGCUUCAGCGCCUACAGCCAGCGCUUCCAGGAAAUGCAGGUGGAUGGGGACCUGCUCCUCAACAUCACCGACCAGGACCUGCGCACAGACCUGGGCAUAUCGGCUGGGCUCAUCCGUAAGAGGUUUCUGAGGGACCUGCGCGUGCUCAAGAUGUACGCCAACUACUCCACCUGCGACCCCAACAACCUGGCGGACUGGCUGGCGGGCGUGGACCCGCGCUUCCGCCAGUACACCUACGGGCUGGUGCAGGGCGGGGCGGAGCGGCGGAGCCUGGCGCAGCUGAGCGAGCAGCAGCUGCAGGCCGACUGCGGCGUGGACAACGGCCUCCACCGCGCCAAGAUCCUGGCGGCCGCGCGGGACCCCGCCCAGCCCUGCCUGACCGACGCCCACCUGCCCGCCGGCCCCGACGUCUUCAUCAGCUACCGCCGCACCACCGGCUCGCAGCUGGCCAGCCUGCUGAAGGUGCACCUGCAGGUUCGGGGCUACAGCGUGUUCAUCGACGUGGAGAAGCUGGAGGCGGGGAAGUUCCAGGAGAAGCUGAUCCAGAGCGUGCAGCGGGCGCGGAACUUCAUCCUGGUGCUGUCCGCCAACGCGCUCGACAAGUGCAUGGGCGACGAGGGCAUGAAGGACUGGGUGCACAAGGAGAUCGUCACCGCUCUGAACGAGAAGAAGAACGUCGUUCCCGUCACCGACAACUUCCAGUGGCCCGACCCCAGCUCUCUGCCUGCUGACAUGAGCGCCAUCCUCAACUUCAACGGCAUCAAGUGGUCUCACGAGUACCAGGAAGCUACCAUAGACAAGAUCCUGCGCUUCCUGAAGGGCGGCCCGAGCCAGGACCAGCUGGACCACGGGGACCGGGUCCUGAAGGGAGAGGCUCAGGGGGGGGUGCAGGCGGUGCCGCAGGGGGGAGCGCAGGGGGGGGCGCAGGUGGGGGUACAUGGAUGUCCCCAGCAGGGCUAGUGUGAAGGGGUGGGCGUGGCAGGCGGGGGUGGCACGGCGAGGCCUAGCAGAGCCGUCGUCUUACGUCAGCUUCUGUCUCCCCCGCCUCAGACCCACACUGAGCAUGCUCCCUGCCCCGGCCCCUGAUAGGCUGGCCUCUCCCCCCUCUCUGUGCCUCUGGCGGGGAUGUGGGGGUCACAGGUGAGAGAGUGUGGGGUCUCUCCUUCCCUGCCUGCUUCGAAACCCGGGUCAGGGCAGCGAGGGAGGGGGCUGCCUGUCUCUCAGGAAUCCAUUUUCCUGCCCCCCCCCACCCCACCCUACCCCAGCGGGGUCUCAUCGACCCUGUUUACAGCUCUCUUAUCGGCCGUGUCCCCUCGUUCAAAUUUCAUUUCUCAAUCUGAGCCGGCCCUCUGUUCGCUGGUGAGCUCUGGGCUCAUGUCAGCCGGUGUGUGUGUGUCUGUGUGUGGGACAGUGUUGUGGGGGUGUGUUAUCCUGUUGCAUGCUCCUUCAUAAAGCCUUGUUCAUUCCGGUGUGUCACGUGACACUGCGUUUUAUUUAGCCUACUAACCUGGUAUCCUAGCGACCAACAGGAAGUGGCACUAGUGGGAAGGAAGUGGUUGCACCUGGUUGGUGUGGUCCGACACACAUGAAGUGUUUGUGGACUACUCUCAGCACAUGCUUAAAUGUCAGUUCAAUUCACUGAAAAAAGCCGUCAAUCUUGCUGUCCAAAGCACCUCCCUCUUUUAUUUAUUAACAAAAUCACCCCUCUCUCCUCAGCUGUACUGAGAAUCAUAACUCCUCCUACUUCUGUCCUGUUAAAAACAUAGCUCCUCCAACAUUUAUAGGACUGAAGAAAGUUCCUCAAUUUGCCACAUUGUGUAUUCAGUAAUUGAAGGGUUUCAUUGUAUUGUAUAGUCAAAGAGCUUUAUAACCGUUUAAUUAUAGCUCCUUAAUUAUGGCAACUGUGCUUUGUUAACUGGCUGCACUGUGAUGCGUACGCUAGCACAGACCGUACGCUAACCACGGAAAUGGCACCACGAACACAGCUAUUAACCAAUGCAGUCCUCAGAGCCGUAUAUUUUGUAAUAUAGGUGCAGUCUCCUUACCUCCACACUAACUAACAGCAGUAUGCCGUAUAUCAGUGUACAGGAGUACGGUAAAAUGAUUUCUGGUGGUGUUGGCAGUAUUGGUUUAAUUCAGAUGGAAACUAUGGUUGUUCAGUUCCUCAUAGUCCCGGUUGGACUUCCCCCCUGUCGCCUUAAUAUGUGUAUGGUAAAUGUAAAAUAUGUAGAGGGUUUAUUGCAUUCUCAAAAGCAAUGCAGGACUUCAUAUACUGUAAAAUGCAAUAAAACGACUUUCCCUGGGAAUCUC